UGUUGAUAAAAGAGCGAUAUAUCGAUGAUGAGAUAAGGAUUUAAAGCCCCACAUUUCAUUUCCCUCUUUCUUUCACCAUUCACUCACAAAGACCCACAGAGCUUCACAUGCACGCACACACAAGAACCGUUGUUGGGUUCUUCAAAUAGUCAGAAGGUGAGGUAAUGAAUAUAUUAUUCUAGCUGUUGACUGUACCUCCCAACUUCUGCACUUAGUGAAAACAUGAUGCCUGUAAUUCCAAAUUCCAUAAACAACAUUCCACUUAUUCCCGGAACCCCCUUUACAACAAGGAAGAAUGAAUGUUUAAAAAGAUGCAAUAUUUUAAGGAACUCUGCCAAACAAACAUGGUUCUCGCAAAAAGAUGUCUUACCAUUGUCAACAUCUGUUAGAUUAUUUCCACAAUUCAGAAGUGGAUUUUCUUUAAAUCACAAGUCAAGAAUCCAUAUAACAUCAGCCACCGGUGCUGAUUUAGCUGUAGAGGAAGCAGAUUCUCCAGUUGCCAAUGAAGAUUCUGGUGCGGGCCAAGAAAUUCCAUCAGAUGCAGUUGGAACAAGUGAUGAAUCAUCCUCUGUCAAAUCAGAUGCCAGUGCCGCUCCAGCUCAAAGCAAACGUCCGAGACCUACUAGGAAGAGUGACAUGCCACCAGUAAAGCCCGAGGAACUUGUUCCCGGUGCAGCAUUUAACGGGAAAGUGAGGUCAAUCCAACCAUUUGGAGCUUUUGUUGAUUUUGGAGCUUUUACCGAUGGACUUGUACAUGUUUCCCGGUUGAGUGAUAGCUUUGUUAAGGAUGUUGGAAACAUUGUUUCUGUCGGACAAGAGGUCAAGGUGAGAUUAGUGGAAGCGAACAUGGAGACGGGACGUAUAUCUCUUACUAUGCGUGAAAGCGAUGACAUUAGUAAGCUGCAGCAAAGAACCGAUGCUCCUCCAAGUACUGAUAAAUCAAGACCCCCCAGAAAGGGCCCACCAAGGACCAACCAGAAGAGAAAUGAGGUGAAGAAAGCGUCAAAGUUUGCCAAGGGACAAGAUCUUGAGGGCACGGUAAAGAAUUUAACAAGAUCCGGUGCUUUUAUAUCUCUUCCUGAGGGAGAGGAAGGAUUCUUGCCAACAUCGGAGGAAUUGGAUGAAGGGUUUGUGAACAUGAUGGGGGGGUCGUCGUUGCAGGUUGGUCAAGAAGUCAGUGUCCGUGUGUUGCGCAUCACACGAGGACAGGUUACCUUGACAAUGAAAAAAGAAGAAGCUGCUGGAGAGUUGGACUCGAAGCUCCAAGGGGUUGUCCACACGGCAACAAACCCCUUCCUGUUGGCUUUCCGUAAAAAUAAGGAUAUUGGAGCGUUUUUGGAUGAGAGGGAGAAAGAGGUAGAACUGGCUGAAAGUUCGGGAAUUCCACACACGUCUGAUGAGAUGGGUGGAAAGGUAAGUCAAACUGAAACUGAGCUCAAUGAAGUUCAGGAACAACUAACAAGCAGUGGUGUAUCUGAGAAGGUAGAAGCAAAGGUAAAUGAAUCUAGAUCGUUGCUUGAUGAGAGGGAAAAAGAGGCAGAAGAAGCUGAAAAUUCAAGAAUUCCACAAACCUCUGAUGAGAUUGGAGGAAAUUUAAGUCAAACUGAAACCAAGCUCGAUGAAGUGCAGGAACAACUAACAAGCAGUGGUGUGUCUGACAAGGUAGAAGGAAAGGUAAAUGAGUCUGGAACAUUGCUUGAUGAGAAGGAAAAAGAGGCAGAAGAAGCUGAAAGUUCAGGAAUUCCAAAAACAUCUGAUGAGAUGGGUGGAGAGGUAGGUCAAACUCAAACUGAGCUCACUGAAGUGCAGGGUGAACAAGAAAGCAGCAGUGAGGGACUGGCCGGUGCCCUUUCUGCAGUUGAUAAGACAGUCGAAGAUGAUGAAAUUUCUUCAAAGCAAGUGGAUGUGGAAGGAGGCACAGUACAAGAUGCCUCAAAUGAAAUUGCCGAUGAUAAUAGGGACCCAGAAAACAUAGUCUCCGAUUUAUCAGAUGCAAUAGACGGGGCGAUCCAGAGCAUGGAGGAAAAAGCUGAUGCAAGUUCUGAAAUAUUGGCUCCUGAAGAAAGUAUAUCUACUUCAGAUCAGCUAACUGAGAAAGCUCCAGAAAUUGAUAGUGUGCAGGUUAGUUCUGAAAUAUUGUCCGCUGAAGAGGGUGUGUUUGCUACUGAGGAGGUUUCUACAAAUGAUAAAAAAUCUGACUUAUCUGGGAAAAUAACUGAUCCUAUCAUGUCAGAAAGUGAAAUUAGUAAAGAAGUUAAAGAGAGUGGAGCUGGUGAAACCAUAGCGAAAGAUGUAGAGAUAACAACCCCUAAUGCAGCAAAUGAAAUUGUUUCUGCCACAAUAGCUGAAGAUGAAAAGGUGGGAAUUAACCCGGAUAAAAAUGGAAGUGUUACCAGCUCAAAUGGACAAAUUGAUAUUCCUGAAGUGCAGCAAAGCAUCAACGAAGAAAAUGAGAUUCCUUCUGCCGCACUAGUUGAAGAUGAUAAGGUCAAUGAAGAAGGAAAGAAUGAAAUUGACAACUCCAAAGUGAAGGAUGAACUGAAAAAAGAAACUCCUGCUGCAGACAAUGAAAUUGCUUCUGCUGCACUGGUUGAAGAUGAGAAGGUCAAUGAAGAAGUGAAGAAUGGAGUUGACAACUCUAAGGCGAAGGAUGAACUGAAAAAUGAAACUUCUGCUGCAGACAAUGAAAUUCCUUCUGCCACACCAGUUGGUAAUGAGAAGGUGGGAUCUGUCCCUGAGAAAAAUGGCACUGCUAUCAAUUCAAAUGGCCAAAAUGGUACCUCUUCCCCAAAGGAAAGCACAACCAAUGCAGCCAUAUCACCAGCUCUUGUAAAGCAGCUGCGCGAAGAAACAGGAGCAAAAAUGAUGGACUGCAAGAAAGCUCUUUCAGAAACUGGAGGUGACUUGGAAAAAGCUCAGGAGUUUCUCAGGAAGAAAGGGUUAGCAAGCGCAGAUAAGAAAGCCAGUAGAGCCACUGCUGAAGGAAGAAUCGGUUCGUACAUUCAUGAUAGUAGAAUUGGUAUCCUUAUAGAGGUGAACUGUGAGACAGAUUUUGUAUCUCGAGGUGACAUUUUCAAGGAAUUGGUCGAUGAUCUAGCUAUGCAAGCGGCUGCAUGCCCUCAAGUACAGCAUCUUGUUACGGAAGACGUUCCCAAAGAAACUGUCGACAAGGAAAGAGAAAUUGAAAUGCAGAAAGAAGAUCUCUUGUCAAAACCCGAGCAGAUUAGGUCAAAGAUUGUUGAAGGGAGGAUUAGAAAGAGGCUUGAGGAGCUGGCAUUGCUUGAGCAACCGUACAUCAAGAAUGAUAAGAUGGUGGUUAAGGACUGGGUGAAGCAGACCAUUGCAACCAUUGGGGAAAAUAUUAAGGUGAAGAGAUUUGUGCGUUACAACCUUGGAGAAGGCUUGGAAAAGAAAAGUCAGGAUUUUGCAGCAGAGGUGGCUGCCCAAACAGCUGCAAAACAGGUGGCUUCACCGGGGAAAGAGCAGCCGGCCGUGGCUGAAGCCAAGGGAACUGUUGAUACGCCACCGAAAGCAACAAUUUCAGCUGCAUUGGUUAAACAACUGCGUGAAGAAACCGGUGCGGGCAUGAUGGACUGCAAGAAAGCUCUUUCUGAAACUGGAGGGGACCUCGAAAAGGCACAAGAGUACCUUAGAAAAAAGGGUCUCUCAGCUGCUGACAAGAAAUCCAGUCGGCUCGCGGCCGAAGGAAGGAUCGGAUCCUACAUUCAUGAUGCUCGCAUUGGAGUACUAAUUGAAGUCAACUGUGAAACUGAUUUUGUGGGAAGAAGUGAAAAGUUCAAGGAGUUGGUUGAUGAUCUAGCAAUGCAAGUUGUGGCUUGCCCACAAGUGCAAUUUGUAUCUAUAGAAGAUAUUCCGGAGAGUGUUAGGAUCAAGGAAAAGGAACUGGAGAUGCAGAGAGAGGACCUUUUGUCGAAACCCGAGAACAUAAGAGAGAGAAUUGUUGAGGGGAGAAUCUCCAAAAGGCUUGGAGAGCUUGCACUUUUAGAACAGCCUUUCAUUAAAGACGAUAGCAUUUUGGUGAAGGAUUUGGUGAAGCAGACCGUUGCUGCUCUAGGGGAGAACAUAAAAGUUAGGAGGUUUGUUCGGUUUACGCUUGGAGAGAUGAAUGAAACUGCAAAAACAGAGAAUGAAGCAUGAGAUGCUGUGAAAAAGAAGUGAAAAUGUGAGUGGAUGCAUAGAAUCGAAUCUGAGGGAGCUUUUUGAUAUGAUUCUUUUUUCUUUUCUUUUCUUUUCUUUUCUUUUUUUUCACUUGGAAAUACUGAGAAUGGUAAGUUUGUUGAGGUUUUAAAGUAUUGUCAGAUUAUUUUUGUUGUGAUGAAAGGAAAUCCAUUUUAUGUGGUUAGCACUGA